CUUUAGUCUACUCUUUUCCCAGCUUCCAUUUUCCUUUUUGACCAAGCACCUACUAUCAGUAACCCACUCCCUCUCUCUUUAUACUCUUUUCGAUCCUCUCAUCGCCUUUACCUCUCUCUUUAUUAUACACACUACACUCUAUAUGUAUAUACUUUAAUUCAGGCCGCCCGCCUAGCAAAUUAAACCUCUACAUACAUACAUACACUUCACUAUAAUGAAGGAGAGCAGCUGGAAGAGGUUGUCGUCGCCGCCGUCUUCUUCGCCGCCGUGUGCGGCGUGCAAGCUCUUGCGGAGGAGGUGCGGCCCCGACUGCGUCUUCGCGCCAUACUUCCCCGGCGACCAGCCUCAUAAGUUCGCCAAUGUGCACAAGGUCUUCGGAGCUAGCAAUGUCAGCAAGAUGUUACAGGAGCUGCCGGAGGAGCAGAGGGGAGAUGCGGUGAGCAGCAUGGUAUACGAGGCGAACGCCCGGGUGCGGGACCCGAUAUACGGGUGUGCCGGAGCCAUAUCAUCUCUGCAGCAGCAGCUGGAUGUGGUUCGGACCCAAUUGGCCAUGGCCCAGGCGGAGGUGGUCCACUUGCGAGUCCGGCAGGCCGCGGCCAUGAGUUCCAGCCCACAGAACAGCGGCUCUCCCCCAUCAAUUGUUAUGGGGUCGCAGCCCAGAGGGUACUUUGAGGUGGACACAGAUGUGGUUGACCAGCCAGGCUACUUCUACUCAUAGCUCAUAUUUUUGGUUUUAUAUAUAUAUAUAUAUACUACGUACUUGUUAAGAGGGAGAAGGUAAUAUUUUAGUAGCUGUUAAGAGCUUGAAGGUAAUACUAUUUAUACUAGUAUAUAGUUUAGUAUCGAAGCCCGACCGAACCGAGAGUUUAAGGUGUAAUUUGGUGAUAAAUUACACCUGUUUUCUAUCUAGUAGUAGACUCGAGUUCGAGUAGAGGCUUUAUGGAAGGUAGGAGACUCUAUCUCCAAUCUUUCAAUGUUGUUAAGCUAUUGUCUACAUAUAUAUACAUCUUUAUAUAA